AUGUCGAAGCUUUUUAUCGGUGGUCUCUCCUACGGGACGGAUGAUAACCGUCUUCGACAGAAGUUUGAGGAAUUCGGCGUCGUUGAAGAUGCUAUUGUCGUCAAGGACCGAGAUACCGGUCGAUCCAGAGGAUUCGGAUUCGUUAGAUUCUCUAACGAUGACGAGGCUACUGCUGCGCAGGAAGCCAUGAAUGAUGCCGAAUUUGACGGAAGAAGAAUCCGUGUCGAUAAGGCCAGCGACAGGUCCGGCGGCGGUGGUGGCGGCGGCGGUGGUGGACGUCGUGGAGGAUACGGCGGUGGUGGCGGUGGAUACGGCGGUGGUGGUGGAUAUGGUGGUAACGGAGGCGGUGGUGGUGGUGGAUAUAACUCCGGCGGUGGUGGCAACUGGAGGUAG